UUACGGGGAUUCCUCCUCAUCCACAUCUCUCUCUCUCUCUCUAACUAGCUCGUUUAGCUAGUUUUUUUUGUUUGUUUUUGAAUGGUUAUUGUUGGAUUAUGAUUUUUCUUUGGUUUUAGCAAGCAGUACUCAUUCAAACAUGAAGGUAAAGGGUUGCUGGAGUAUCCGUCCCAGUUUCAAUCUCACACAUCCCUAUCACACAUAAAAGAGAAGAUCUCUAGAAGAAGAUGAUGAAAAAAGGUUUGACAUUAAUCCAACAACAGCAACAACCAGUUGUAUUGGAAGAGAACAUGUCUAAUUUAACUUCUGCAUCCGGUGAUCAUCAAGCAAGUGUUUCUUCUGGCCAACACUACUUUUCUCCUCCACCAAAUCAAACUCAACCAGCACUCAAGAAGAAGAGAAACCUUCCUGGAAACCCAGACCCAGAAGCAGAAGUGAUAGCUUUGUCACCCAAGACUCUGAUGGCAACCAACAGAUUCAUAUGUGAGAUCUGUAACAAAGGGUUUCAGAGAGACCAGAAUCUGCAGCUUCACAGAAGAGGCCACAAUCUGCCAUGGAAGCUGAAGCAGAGAACAAGCAAAGAGGUGAGGAAGAAGGUGUUUGUGUGCCCAGAAGAUGGUUGUGUCCACCAUGACCCAUCAAGGGCUCUUGGGGACCUCACAGGAAUCAAGAAGCACUUUUGCAGAAAGCAUGGUGAGAAGAAGUGGAAAUGUGACAAGUGCUCAAAGCGUUAUGCAGUUCAAUCAGAUUGGAAAGCUCAUUCCAAGACCUGUGGCUCCAGAGAGUACAGAUGUGACUGUGGAACCCUUUUCUCUAGGAGGGAUAGUUUCAUCACUCACAGAGCAUUUUGUGAUGCUUUAGCACAAGAAAGUGCAAGAGCAAGUUCAGGGUACCCACUUCUCUCCUCUCAACAAGCAUCUGCCAAUUCAACACCUCAUAUGAUCAACCUUCAACCCCAUUUCAUGAGCAACCAUGACCUCCAUGCAUUUUCAAUGAAAAAGGAGCAACAAAAUUUCAGUCCAAGGGCAGAAGUACUUCCACCUUGGCUAGCUGGUGGCCCACCACCACAUAUGGAUCUCACCUCAUCAAUCUUCACCACAAGGUCAUUAGAUCAAGAAUUCACACCUACCCAAGACUUAAGAGUACUGAAUCAAAACCCAAACCCUAACCCUAAUCUUGGACCUAGCCUGCCACCUUACCAUCCAACAGGCAUCCCACACAUGUCUGCAACUGCAUUGCUGCAAAAAGCAACUCAGAUGGGUGCAACCAUGAGCAGCAAUAUUACUUGCUCACCACACUCACAGGCCAUGAUGAGGCCCCAUCAAGGUCAACACAUGUCUGCUGGUUCUGGCAACAAUACAACUGGCUUUGGUCUAAAUCUGUCUUCUUGUGAAGAGAAUAUGACAAGUGGGGUUGUACAUGGCUUGGCUCCUUUUGGGAAUAAGGCUGCAAGUAUUGCAGGACCAACAGGUGCUUCAGGUUCAGGUUCAGGUGCACCCCCUUCUCUUCUUCAAGACAUGAUGAUGAAUUCUCUUUCUUCUGCAAAUAUUCAUCACUUUGAUGGGUCUUCCUUUGAUGAUGAUGCAUUUGGUGAUAUACUGAAUUCAAAAAAAGAUGGUGGUUUCCAUGAAACUCUCUCAAAGACAACAACCCAUCAUCAUUUUGGUAGGGCUGAGGAAGGUGGUGGUAAUGGUGGUGGUGGUGGUGGUAAUGGUGGUGGUGGUGGUGGUGGAAAUGAUGGUAUGACAAGAGACUUCUUGGGACUAAGACCACUCUCUCAUAGUGACAUUCUCAAAAUAACUGGUUUUGGUAAUUGCAUGAGCAGUCCUCAUGAGAAUGGAAAUGAUCAAUCCCAAAAGUCAUGGCAAGGUUAGCUAGCUAGUUCUUAAUUAAGCACACCCUUUAAUUUUGUUUUCUAAAACUUCUAGACAUCUUUUGAAACCCUAAUGUGUUAGCUAUAUAUUCCAUGAAUGUUCUUUAAAAGUCCUUUCUUUUGAAAGUAAUUAUUUGUAGCUUUUCACCUGUGGUUAAACAUAAUAAAGAAACCAGGAAGGGGAACCCUAGCCUUUUUGUUA